AUGGCAAUUGAUCAAGAUGUGAAAGAGUUGGUAAUUAUGGGAGAUUCGGACCUAAUUAUCCGACAGGCUCAAGGAGAAUGGGAAACUCGGGAUGUUAAGCUUAUACCAUACAUGCAAUAUGUGGAAGAUCUUAGCAAACGGUUCAAAUCCGUUGAGUUCAGGUACGUCCCCCGAUUUCACAAUGAGUUAGCCGACUCAGUCGCUACCUUGGCCUCAAUGUUGCCGUAUCCGGGCAAUCUCCACAUUGACCCGCUAGAAAUUCAAAUCCGAGAAAGGCAUGGUUAUUGCAACACAGUUGAGGUGGAGCCAAAUGUACAACCAUGGUACCAUGAUAUCAAGAUGUUUCUGAAAAUAAAGGAAUAUCCGGAACAAGCCAAUGGAGAUCAAAAGAGAACCAUUAGACGGCUCGCAAGCGGUUUCUUCUUGAGUGGCGAGGAAAUCAUCAGAACCAUGAGUGCCAAGCGAGAUAUCAAGUUGAAGAAUAGGUGA